AUGUGGAGUACGAACCAAGCUCGAGACCAACUUUGGAAAGAGAGUUGGUUUAAGGAUUGCCUGAGGCGACUCGUGACCGCUCCGUACUCUCGGCCUACGUUCUCUCGGACGUCGGCGUACCCAGAGACGCCAGCGUAUUUGCUGUCGCCGCGCCACGCCAAUUGUGCCAAACCGCCGACGGAGUCGGAUGGAACUGUCGCUCUACUUCCUUCUUGGGUCGGCUGUCCACUCUCGGAGGCCAACAAUCUUGCGCCGCCGCCGCCGCCGACGACGACGACCGCGGCGUGGCUCGCCAAACCCCAAGUACACAUUGCGCAAAUUUCGCAGCUGCAGUCAAAGUUGGCGCUCGAGGCGAAAUUGAAAUCCUUCUCCGGCCGUCACCAAACUCUUGACGCUAUUGUGUGA